GCUGAGCAAUGACAUGCCUUGAUACCAGAGGGAGAAAAAUGCUAUUCCAACAGGGCACAGCGUCUCAUCAGCUAGGCUAGGUUGUUGGAGUGGAAAAUAAAACUGGCUACACGUUGAAGGAGAGAAGAAGAAGAAGAAGAAGACAAAGAAGAAGAAGAAGAAGAAGAAGAGGUGGCCAUCAAGAUAUCAGGUCCACAGAGACGUCCCAGAGCCUCUUGAAGUUCUCAGCUUUGAUGCAGUGCAGUGAACCUGGUGCAAGAUGACGGAAGAGGUGAUUGUCAUCGCCAAGUUCGACUACAUGGCUCAGCAGGACCAGGAGCUGGACAUCAAGAAGAACGAGCGCCUCUGGCUCCUCGACGACUCCAAGUCCUGGUGGAGGGUUCGAAAUGCCACCAACAAAACGGGCUUCGUGCCGUCCAACUACGUGGAGCGGAAAAACAGCGCCAGGAAAGCGUCUAUCGUCAAGAAUCUCAAAGACACACUAGGAAUCGGGAAGGUGAAGAGCCGGAAAGGCGGGAUGCGAGACACGGCGUCCAAUGCAGACACAGACAUGUACGCGGAUAACGGCGAGCGGCUGUACGACCUCAACCUGCCGGCGCUGGUCAAGUUCAGCUACGCGGCGGAGCGCGAGGACGAGCUCUCUCUGGUGAAAGGCACGCGGGUGGUGGUGAUGGAGAAGUGCAGCGACGGCUGGUGGCGCGGCAGCUACAGCGGGCGCUCCGGCUGGUUUCCUUCUAACUACGUGACGGAGGACGUCGACGGGACGGCGGGGGGAGGGGGCGUGGGCGGGCUCGGAGACCCGGCGGGAUCGCUAACGGAGAAGCUGGCGGCGGUCGUUAACAGCACGACCAACGGCAACCGGGUGCUGCACACGGUCCAGGCGCUCUACCCGUUCAGCUCAGAGAACGACGAGGAGCUGAACUUCGAGAAGGGCGAGGUGAUGGAGGUCGUGGAGAAGCCGGAGAACGACCCCGAGUGGUGGAAGUGUCGUAAGGCGGACGGACAGCUGGGCUUGGUGCCUAAAAACUACGUCACCGUGCUGGACUCCGCCUCCCAUAAACCCGGAGCGGGGCCCGUGGGGCCGCCCACUCCCGACUGUGACUACAUCUCGCCCUCAGUCAGCGGGCGCUUCGCGGGGAAGGAGUGGUACUACGGGAAGGUGACGCGCCACCAGGCGGAGGUAGCCCUCAACCAGAGAGGCGUGGAGGGAGACUUCCUCAUCCGGGACAGCGAGUCAUCGCCAAACGACUUCUCCAUCUCCCUGAAGGCGCAGAGCAAGAACAAGCAUUUCAAAGUGCAGCUGAAGGAAAACCUUUACUGCAUCGGACAGCGCAAGUUCAACUCCAUGGAGGAGCUUGUUGAACACUACAAAAAGGCGCCCAUCUUCACCAGCGAGCAGGGAGACAAACUGUACCUGAUCAAGGCCCUGGCUGCCUCCUGAUCCCUCUCUGCUGCACACACACACACACACACACACACACACACACACACACACAUAUAGAUCGUUAACUGCAUCCAUGUAUACAGAUACUUAACAGCAGAACACACACUAACAUUCAGACUCCCAGCCUGAGGACUUAACACAUCAUCAGGACUUUAAUGCCCGACUUGUGAGCAUUCCAAGAGGAGGGAUGGAAAAAAAGGAAAGGAGAGGAGGACACUGAGGAAAGGAAACCGGGGAGACAAAGAGACUAUGGACUCCUGAGAGAUGACUACAGACCUCUUGGUCGCCUAUUUUAAAUUAUCCAGAUGUGUUAGGUCAUAGGCGAUGCCAUGUAUUUCCACCUCGAUAUCUAUUAGAGUUGCAUUUAGUUUUUUUUUUUGUUUUUUUUGUUGAUAAUAUAUAAUCUUUUUAACAGUUUCUUUUUAAAAUGUGACUAUU